AUGGCUUCAACAAAAGUUUCCGAUUGGGCGUUCCUGAUUUGCUUCUUCCUCUUCAUAUUCACGGUGAAAUGCGACGUGGAAGAGAUCAAAACAGCAUUGAGUAAUUUGAUCCACUCGCUCACCAACACCACUGGUUCUGCAAAUCAUCAAGCUUUGCCGUGGAAUCUAUCUUCGCUCGAUCCAUGUGGGGAUGACUGGAAGGGGGUAACCUGUGAUAAACAGAACGCGCUGAAGAAUGUUACCCUCAAUGGACUAAAUCUUUCAGGAACUUUUGAUCCUUCUUUGCUUUGUGACGUGACAUCUGUAGCUGCAAGCGUUACUGUGAUCAGUCUCGAUGACAACAACCUCAUGGGAGAUGGACUCGAGAAGAUUGUAAACUGCACACAGCUCACACGCCUGUCGCUCGGAGGAAAUCAGUUUUCAGGCAGAGUUCCCGAAUCGUUUUCCUGGUUGAAGAAUCUGAAACUGCUUGAUAUAUCAAGGAAUAACUUUUCUGGCUCUUUGCCUGAUUUGUCGAAGAUAACAGGACUGGUGGAAUUCACUGCUGAAGACAAUCAUCUAUCAGGGACACUUCCCAAUUUUGAUUUUUCCAAUUUGAAGAUAAUUAAUGUCUCUUACAAUGAUUUCAGUGGACCUAUACCCAAAGGCGCUGAUAACAUUCCGGCUUCUAGCUUCCUGCACAAUGCUCAAUUAUGCGGGAGUCCCCUCCCCAAUAGUUGCCAGCAAGAGGAACCAGAAUCGUCUGACGAAACUCACAAGUCCAGCGACAGAAAAGAUAAGAUUCUCAUGUUCACUGGCUAUUUCAUCCUAGGUUUGACUGUGCUCCUUUUAACCAUCUUUUGUCUAUGCAAAUCGCGCAAGAAAGAGGAAGUUCAGGUUGAUUCAGUUGAUCAUGAAGCCGCGUCGGUUAAUGAUAACUUCUCUAAGUCAGGAGAUACGCCGUUCAACCUCAAGUCCACCCCUUUUAAUAGCAAAUCUGAGAUAUCCACAGCAUCAGUUGAGAACUCUACUGUCUCGUCAUCGCUUGUAGUACUCUCAAGCCCGGAUGUGAAUGGCAUUAAAUUCGAGAAUCUGCUCAGAGCACCUGCUGAAUUGCUCGGAAGAGGAAUACACGGAAGUGUCUACAAGGUUCUUUCGGAAGAGCUUGGAAUGACUGUAGUUGUGAAAAGAAUUAAGGAUUGGGCAAUACCUACCGAUGAUUUCAAAAAGAGGAUGCGAAGAUUAGAUCGGGUGCAACACCCCAAUGUGUUAUCUGCCCUGGCUUUCUAUUCUUCCAAGCAAGAAAAGCUUUUGGUUUAUGAAUAUCAACAGAAUGGAAGUCUUUUCAACCUUCUAUAUGGAACUCUCCCUGGGGUGGGACGGACGUUUGAUUGGAGCUCUAGAUUGGAUUUGGCUACCAGGAUUGCAGACGGCUUGGCAUUCAUGCAUCAAGAGCUUCAACAAGAUGGGAUUCCUCACGGUAACCUGAAAUCAUCAAACAUAUUACUGAGCAAAAAUAUGGAACCUUAUGUAAGUGAGUACGGCCUAAUGAUUGAUACUCGAGAUCCAUCAUAUGCCGUCAGCAUCAGUAGCUGCCAAGGAAAAGGAGAAAAGCAAGCCAUGUUCAAGGCGGAUGUUUAUGCAUUCGGUGUUAUUCUUUUAGAGUUGCUAACAGGAAAACUGGUCCAGAAUGAAGUAUCUGGAUUAGACCUGGCAGGCUGGGUGGUGUCUGUGGUUCGAGAAGAAUGGACCGUUGAAGUUUUUGAUAAGAAAUUACUUCGAGAAGGGGCUAAUGAAGAGAGGAUGGUUAACUUGUUACAGAUCGCGAUUAAAUGUGUUAAUCGUUCGCAUGAGGCUCGCCCAAACAUGAAGGAGAUCGCUCAGAUGUUGAACGCGCUCGUAGAAGAUGAAGAAAAAUCCUUUGAUGAUGUUUCUGCCGUCACUAGUACAUCAAUCUUUGACUUUGAGAAGGCAUAA